AUGUAUGAUUUCGGCUCAAACACUCGACGAGAGAGACUUAUUGGAGAUGACGACGCUCUGAGAAAACGGGCGAAAGCCGAUACAACAUCAUUGAUACUAGGAAAAGACACACCAGAGACAAAGCUCGAGAGACCUGACCCAGAGGCUGACCUUGAACACUACGAUUAUUUGCGCCUGCGCCGAAGCCAAGUGCUACAAGAACAAAAGGCUCUGACUUUCGCCCACCGACUCUUUGCAAGUGCUCUACUCGCCGCCGUCGCCGCCAUCACCACCAUCACCACCAACACCGACGACGACGAAGGAGAGGAAGGAGGAGAGGAAGAAAAGAGAAAAGGAGAUACUUUUCUAAACAUGAGUGACAAAGGACGCGUGCCCUUUUCCCUGGCGACUCGUGAGCAAGGCAAGACCAAGUAUCUUGACCGCCCUCCUAUUUAA